GAAAAGAGAUUAUAUAUGGUCUUAUUAUGGGCUGUCCGUCCGUCACCACUCACCAAUAACUCAUAAAUUCUUUACACCUAUAAAUUGUACGAUUGUGCGAUUACCUAGUCUACAAGUUACAACAUUACAACUAUCUGGUUUGAUUACGACGAGCCGACGCUCCGAUCAUGUGCGUUCAAAGUUUAAAUUUAUUAAAUCGCUUCUAUAUUGUAAUUUGUAGUAAUAAAUAAUAAUAAUAAUCAUGUAUUCAUGUCGCAGUUCACGACUUUUAAGCAGUUUUAAAUUUUAAUAGUGAUUUCCAAUCGUUAUGAUUAUCUUGUCUGAGCUACAGUUGUAUAUUUAAAUGUAAUAACCACAUUGCCCUAUCGUCUCUUACUCACGUCGACUUUGUCCGUUCAUUUUUUGCUGAUCAGGUGACUACAACAACUUACUGCCCGCCUGUAGAUAAUCAUAUUAUAAUAUAGUUACCUACCUAUAGUAGUUUUAACGUUUUUAUUGUUGUGAAUUGUGAAAAAGAAACCGAAGAACUUUAACUGUUUAAACAUGACUCGUGGGAAAUCAUAUCAAAAAAUUGUACAAGAACAAUUUUUCACUUUCGUCAACAUGGCCAAAAAUAAAAAUGAUUCUGAAGAAAUGAAUGUUUCAAAGCCAACCAUAUCAGUUGCCUUAACUAUGAUUUCUAUUCCAUUGUCAAUGAUCUUAUGGAUUAGCAAUAUUUUGUUCCGAAAAUUUUAUGGUGAUAAUGUAAAUGAACUAGAUGAAGGACUUCCACCUCUCCGGUGGUUUAUAUCCACUUUCAUUCCACUAUUUAUUGCUGUAUGGGGUUACACCAAGCGUAGUUUAAACCUAAGUGGAGCACUAUUAGGUGUAAUUGUUGGUUUUGUAUUGACAUUAAGCAGCUAUGGAUUUCUGGCUUGUUUGCUAACAUUUUUCAUUACAUCUUCUAGAGCAACAAAAUUUCGUAGCAAAACUAAAAAACAAUUGGAACCUGACUUUAAAGAAGGUGGUCAAAGAAACUGGAUACAGGUGUUGUGUAAUGGAGGUAUGGCUACUCAACUUGCGCUCUUGUACAUUUUAGAUGUUGGAUGUGGUGAACUACCUGUUGAUUUCAAACGCUAUUAUCGGCCGUCUUGGUUAUCCAUUGGCAUUCUUGGUGCUUUUUCCAGUUGUAACGGUGAUACUUGGGCCUCAGAAUUAGCAACAGUCUUGGACACAGGCUUACCCUUAUUGAUAACAACUGGUAAACCAGUUCCCAAAGGUACAAAUGGUGGUGUAUCAGUCAUUGGAUUGGUUGUCAGUCUAUUGGGUGGCAUGGCUGUCGGAUUAGCAAAUUAUGCAAUGCUUAUCUAUACAAUCGAUGCAGACAUGUUGGCGAGAAGUCCUGCACAGUGGCCAAUAAUAGUAGCCGGAGGUUUUGCCGGGCUAGUUGGCAGCGUUGUUGAUUCAGUAUUAGGUGCUACCUUACAAUACAGUGGUUUAAAUCGAAAAACAGGAGCAAUAGUGGAACAUCCUGGCAAAGACGUUGUGCACAUAUCUGGGAGAAGAAUAUUGGAUAAUCACAGUGUCAACUUGAUAUCGAGUGUUAUCAUGGGGAUUGUGACCCCGAAAAUUGCGUACUUAGUUUGGCCAUAAACAUAAAAAAAAAAUAUGGUCACUUAAGACUUUUAUUUAAUGUGACUAAUUAUUCCAUUCUAAUAGCUAGUCUAAACUUUUGUUGGAUUUGUAUUUUGUUUUAUUUUCGUUAGAGUUGGAGUUAGACUGACUGAAAUAUUUUGUUGUAAAUAUUAUAUUGCAAUUUUUAUAUACAUAUACUUUUUUUAUAUAUACUUCAGUUUUUUUUUUUUUUUAGUAUUUUUCUUUUUAUCCGUCAAAUGUAUAUUUUUUUUAUUGUUAAAUUAUUGUAUAAUUAUUUUUAUCAUUUAUUUAAUUUGAAUUAAUGCAAAACACGGUUAAGGUUAACACAUACAUAUCAAUCCCUCAAAUAAGUUGUUACUUAAUUAUUACAAAAUUUAAAAUUUGUACUCGUAUAAUAUUACUUGCAUUUGUUUUUGUAAUUAUUUAUGGAUUUCCUUUAUUGUACCCCGAUGUGCAUACUUAAAAGUAACCAUUAAAAAAAAAAUUUAAAAAAAUCAA